AUGGUCUUCGGAGUUGGGGUGACCGCGGAGAACAACGAGCUCGAAGAGUCACUCGGAUGCAAGGGGAUGUAUGGCAUUGACGAAGAAGCUCUCCGCGUCUUUGAGAUUGUGAUAAUUGAGCAGGUUCGGGAAGGAAUUUCAGACCACAUUGUUGUUAGGCUACAUCCAAUGAAGCUCGCUAAAGCGGCACAGAAAGCAGGUGACGUCGACAGUUUUUGGGCCUCGGAUAGUGAGAAUGUGUCUGCUAAAGGUGGGAAUCAGAGUAAUUUAUCUUCUCUGCAAGGGUUAAAAUCUAUCGAUGCGGUUCAGGCUGUGCGUGAGCACUUUAUUGCAAAGCUUGCUCGCAUGUGGAUGCUCGGCAUGAACGAGUUUGAAGAAGAGAGCCGGUCUAUGUAUGAUUGGCGCUGA